CAAGGCAGUCAGACUUCAGGCAACCAGAGCCUCACAGAUCCCUCCGGCUCUGUAAAUCACCUUAUCACAUUUAGAAACAGAGUGGUAACCAAGAGGACGACCUAUUGAAGAUUUCAAAGCAAAACCGUUUCUGACAUGCACUUUGAUAAAUCUCCAAAAGAGAAGCCGUGUUGCACUCUGCCAACAGUGAAGAAACUCUUGGAGCAGAAGAGAAGGCGUGAGACCUCCUCUGUGCCACCCUCCUGCUCUACGGCCAGCACAAGUCCUGUUCCUACACCUACUGUUACACAGUUGUCUGCAUCAGAACCAUUUACCAUUACAGGUGCAGCAAGCAGCUACUCAGACAUGGCAGUGAGCUACGAGUCGUGGACUCCAGCACCAGAGUCAACACUCAGUUACUACCCUAGUCAUCCAGGAUCCAGCUACGCUCCAGCUUACAGCCUCCCAAUGACAUCUGAAUAUGGCACACAGCAGCAGGGCUCAGGAUACAUAGAUACGAUGCCUCAGACAUAUCAGGAGUGCCCGAUGACAGUCGCAGAUCCCAACAUGGCUGCAUCUUGGUCACUUCUGGGUCCCAGUCUGCCCACACAGCUGACUUUUGGUUCGACGAUGGAUGCCACCAAGCUUGAAGAGGCCAGAAUGCUGCUACAACAAAUGGACUACAGCAGAGCCACCAGGCAGGAUGAAGACGGAGACACCAUCCUACACAUUUACACUGCCAAGGGGCUCAGGGAGUGUGCCUAUGCUGCUGCAGAGAGGCUGAGGGAUGUAGGCAGGCUUGAUGCCAAAGAACACAAGGGAAAGACUGCUUUACUGGUGGCUGUGACUGCAAACCAGCCAGAGAUUGUGCAAGAUCUGCUGUCCUUAGGGACUGACAUCAAUGCCUGUGAUGUUAAAGGACAAACUGCCCUUCACCUGGCUGCCCACUAUGGCUUACCAGUGGUUCUGCAGGCACUUCUGUCUAGCAGGCCACCUCCCAACCUGGAGGCCCGCAAUUUUGAAGGUAUGACUCCUCUGCACUGUGCAGCCAUUUCUCACAGUGUCACCAUGAAGGCUCUGUCCAGCAGUGCGCUAGUAGAUGUUAGUCAUCAGACCAAGGCUGAGGAAAAGCUCUCCUGUGUGCAGAUGCUUCUCAACACUGGGGCGUCCCUGCUUAGCCAGGAAAUCAAAAGUAACAAGACUGUGCUGCACUUGGCUGUAAAGGAGGGGAAUGUUGAUCUGGUGCGUUAUCUGCUGAGGAUUCCCCUGACAAACAUGAAAGACUUUGUCAACAUGAAAGCUCAUGGUCACACAGCUUUACACAUGGCAGCCGGUCUCCAUGGUAACCCCCACCAGGAGGAGAUCCUGCGGAUGCUGCUGAGGAGUGGUGCUGAUCCCAGUAUCCGCAACCUGGAGAACGACCAGCCGGCUCACCUGCUGCAGAGCGGAGUCCAGGGAGAUCAGCUCAAGCUCAUGCUGAAGAAACGAAGUGCUUCCUCUCGUCGACGUAUCGUGUCCUUGCAGGACCAGGAAUGAUUAAAAUCACUUGUAAUCCCCAUUUAGUGGGAAUAAGUCUUUAACAUGAUGCCUCUGUUGAGAAGGGGA